GGAUGUGGUAUGUGGUAGGCAGGGGACGAGGGCGGACGGUCGGUCGGUGCAGUCACUGCAGCAUUCCGAGCUCAUCAUGCCCGAUGCACAGCACGUCCCAGCCCCGGGCUCUGAAUUAGUGCCUAUUCUGUGGUCUGUGGGGCAGAAGCUGCUGCUGUUACUGCCUGUGUACCUCUGUGGGUACCUGGGGCUGAGCGUGUUAUUUGUUAUACUGGGGCUGGGGCUGUUCUUGUGCUGGAAGAGGACACGGAGCAACAAGCUGAGCAGUUUUAAGUCCGCCUGUGAGUACCUGGAGAACGAGGAGCAGAUCACUGCUCGCACCAUAUUCAAGAGCAAGAAGGAGCUGCCAUCCUGGGUCACCUUCCCUGACGUGGAGAAAGUAGAAUGGCUGAACAAGAUUAUAGCACAGAUGUGGCCCUUUAUUGGGCAGUACCUGGAGAAGCUGCUCAUAGAUACUAUAGCGCCCUUAGUCCGGUCAUCUAACACUCACCUGUCUACCUUACACUUCACAAAGAUCAGUAUCGGAGAGAAGGCCCCAAAGGUAAUUGGUGUUAAAGCUCAUACAGAAAUGGACAAGAAACAAGUUAUUUUGGACCUAAAUGUGAGUUAUGUUGGAGAUUUGGAAGUAGAUGUUGAGGUGAAGAAAUAUUUCUGUAAAGCUGGAGUUAAAGGUGUGCAGUUGCAUGGGAUGAUGCGAGUAAUAUUGGAGCCACUGAUCGGCGAUGUUCCAAUCAUCGGCGCUAUAACUCUAUUCUUUAUCAGGCGACCGAUGUUAGACUUAAACUGGACAGGGCUUACAAAUCUACUGGACAUCCCUGGCUUGGAUGCAUUGUCGGACACAAUGGUUAUGGAUAUAAUUUCUGGUUUCCUUGUCUUGCCGAAUCGUCUCACCAUUCCACUCACCAGUGACCUUCAUACAGCAGAACUGCGCUCCCCAUUGCCUAGGGGAAUUGUCCGCAUUCAUCUGUUAGAGGCCCGAAAUCUCUCUCCUAAGGAUUUUCAAUUGGGAGGUUUGCUGUCGGGAAAGUCGGAUCCUUACGCCAUUCUGCGUGUAGGCACACAGGUCUUCACCAGCCGCGUUGUAAAUGAAAAUCUGAACCCUGUAUGGAAAGAAAUGUAUGAGGUUAUAGUACACGAGGUGCCAGGCCAAGAGCUUGAGGUGGAGUUGUUUGACAAGGACCCUGAUAAAGAUGACUUUUUAGGAAGAAUGAAGUUAGAACUCGGCGAGGUGAAGAAAGCUCAAAUACUUGACAAGUGGUACCAACUAAAUAAUUCUAAAAGUGGGAAGAUACAUCUCAGACUGGAAUGGCUUACUCUCCUGCCCAAUACUUCCCAACUUGAGCAGGUAAUGAAAAUGAACAAAGAGAUAACAUUGAAAACGGGUGAAGAACCUUCUGCAGCCAUUCUCGUAGUAUACUUGGACCGGGCAGAUGAGCUCCCGCUAAAGAAGUCAGUAAAACAGCCAAACCCUAUGGUACAAUUAUCGAUACAAGACGUGACACAUGAAAGUAAGACUGUGUACAACACAAACAGUCCUGUAUGGGAAGAGCCAUUCCGAUUCUUUCUACGUAAUCCUAGCCUUCAUGAGCUGGACAUACAGGUGAAAGAGGAUGAUCGGCAGCACUCUUUGGGGUCCUUGUCCAUUCCAUUAGCCAAGAUCCUCUCUGCUGAUCAGUUGACGUUAGACCAGUGGUUCCAGCUCGAGAACUCGGGACAAAGAAGCAGGAUCUAUCUGAAGCUUGUUAUGAGGAUUCUAUAUUUGGACCCAACUGCAUGUGUGGUCACAGGAUCUGAAACCUCCGAUAUCGAGGAGGCAACUUGUGGCUCCAGUGUGGAUAUGCCCCCAAGGCCCAACCAAACCAGCCCUCCUGAGAACUUUGGCACAGAGAAUGUGCUACGUGUCUUCGUUCUGGAAGCAGAAAACCUAAUCGCUAAGGAUAACUUCAUGGGAGGUAUGAUUAGAGGAAAGUCCGAUCCCUAUGUUGUGAUUCGAUCUGGAGGAAAAUCCGUUCAGACCAGAGUAAUGAAGGAGACUCUGAAUCCUCGCUGGGAUCAGACCUUUGAGAUAAUGGUCACGGAUGUCCCCGGGCAGGAUAUCGAGUUUCGAUUGUUUGAUAAAGAUAUUGACAAAGAUGAUUUCCUUGGAAGCUGUAAAGUUCCAGUGAAAAAAGUGCUAAAACAGAAAACCAUUGAUGAGUGGCUGCCCUUGGAGGAUGUCAAAUCUGGAAGACUGCACAUCAAAGUAGAGGGUUUGUCUCAGCUUACAGAUCCUUCUCAGUUGGAUCAGGUGCGGACUGUGAACGGCCUUUCUCAGUCUUCGCAUAGUGAGGAGUUCUCAACUGCCCUCCUGUGUGUCUAUUUAGAGCGAGCCAGUGGUCUGCCCAUGAAGAAAGGUGUCAAGCUCCCUACUGCAAGCGCCCAGAUAAGUCUGCAGAAAGCUACCUACAAGACUAAGGUCACCUCAAAGAGCAGUGAUCCAGUAUGGGAUGAAAGCUGUGCAUUCCUUGUCAAGAACCCCAAAAAUGAGACCCUGCAGCUUCAAGUUCAAGAUGAUUCUGAUAAGUCUCUGGGAUCUCUUACCUUGCCACUUUCUGAUCUCUUGACUGCUGAGUCAAUGACACUUGAUGGCUGGUUCCCUCUGAAUUCACCAGGAGCAAACAGUGAGGUUCUCAUGAGAGUCAAAAUGCGGAUUCUUUCUUCUCCUAAUGUCAGUCCUGAGCUCCAGGCUCUUAGUGUUACAUCUUCUGGUCCCCAAAGACCCCCAAGCCCUCGGAAUUUACCAUUUAACUUAGAGUCUGCUGUGGACAAUGAUGAGAGCCCUACAGGGGAGCUGAGGCAAAGGCUACCCAAUUCAAACAGUGAUCCCCAUCUCGUGGAAUCCAGCGCAAGUCAGCUACAUGUGACAGUGUAUUACCCAGCAAAAGAGGGGAAGCUUUUAGCAGUAAUGCACGGUUGCAGAAAUUUAAGUGUCAGUUCCAAGGAGCUUCCUGAUCCGUAUUUGUCAGUCAUCCUGUUACCAGAUAAAAAUCGUACCACAAAACGGAAAACAAGUGUGAAGAAACGGACCCUUAACCCCGAGUUUAAUGAAAAGCUGGAGUGGGAAAUACCAUUGGAGGAAGCAGCAAAGAGAAAACUAGAAAUCUCAGUGAAAAACAGUGUGUCCUUCAUGUCCAGAGAGAAAGAGCUGUUCGGAAAGGUUAUUAUUGACCUUUCUCAGGUGGACUUGUCCAAAGGACUGAAUCAGUGGUAUGAUCUGAAAGGAGAGAGGACAAGUGUCUAACUUUUAUCUUAAAGGAUAUGAGCCAUUAUUCUCUUCUGGGAGACGUUACCUACUGAACUCCUCAUUACCACAAGGAAGUGUGAUGGACGAAGCAAAAGCAUCCCCAGCAGAAAAUAACAUUUCUUCAAGAACCACGAGGACAUUCCUGGCAUCUGCUCUCCCUUAUCAUAUGAUGGGACCAUUUUGUUGCUUGGAUCCUGUUGAUGUUACACGUUAUGUACAGCAGUCUGCUAACCCUUUCUUUCAUAGAAGUUGUCUGUAUAUAGGUGUUACUGCCAUAGAACAGGUGGGGAUCAGGAGGAAGACCGUACGUAAAGAUGUGUAAUGGUCACAUGAGGACCCAUUAGGAGCAGCUUAUUGGGGAAUAUUAGUACAAAGGCCUAAUGUUUACUUUUAGUUUACGAAAAGGAACAUCAACUUGGAAGUAGUGUUUUUGAUUUGGAUGUUCUUGAUUUAAUGAUCCCAUUUUAGCUUUUAUGGUUUCAGAGAAGAAUACAUAAAGGAGUUGUGUAAGAUUAGAUAGAAUAUAGCGGGAGGGAUCGCCUGUUAAAUCUCCCGCCAUUCCAGUGCCGCUGCCCCUGUACUCCCCGCUAGGCUGUCACUACUUGGUUGCAGCGAUCACAUGCAUAGACAGAAACAUCAUUGGUGUUGUUGAGACAGCUCAGCGGAGAGCACCAGUGGGGCUAAAACUACAGGGGGUUGUAGGGAUCUUCUCCUAUUAGAUGCAGUUCCUCACCACCCUGGCUACAUUUCAUCCAGUCUCAGACGACCUCUUUAAUAUUAUGUUACAUCUCUUCCUUAGGGCUUGUUCACACGACCGUGCCUUGUUUUGCGA